CUUGUUCUGACGGUAUAAAAGUCACUUCCACUGCCAAAGGGAUAUCACAGACAUACGUGUUCCGACGGCAAUCGUUUCGCUCUCCGUGACCUUAACAACGUUCGAAAUUUUACAGAAUUUUCGAUCAACAGUAACUUUUGCUUCUGAGCUAAAAAUCAACGACAGCAAAGGCGGACAGCUCUACUGGUUUCAAAACUGGCUUGAAAACUCUUCACUUUGUUCCAGAAAGUUCUUGAUUUAAGGCUGCACUAAACGUUAUCACUGUUGCAAUCGUAUUCAUAAACUUAUCACUUCAGAAUACUGAAAAGAAGCCAUCUGCUGGCGUAAAAGAUAAGAACAGCUGACAAGACCAUUUGAUUACUCAUAGAGAUCAACGGGUAGAAAUUACAAACAUUUGAAAAUGGCACAGGUGAUGUCAACAGACUUCUUAACUCACAAUCUUUCGACCUUGUUGACGACCGGUCUCACCAUCAUCCUCGUCGUCCUAUUCAGUCUGAGGAGAAAAAAUGACAGCUCGAAGAAGCUCACCCAUCCACCCGGACCCAGCGGCAUACCCGUUCUCGGCAACCUCCUCACCGUCGCUUUCUCCAAGCUCCCUCAACACGAGCUCAUCAACGGGUGGAGCAAGAAGUAUGGUGAUGUCUUCUGGUUCAAGAUCUUCGGCACCGGCGUCGUCAUCAUCAACGACAAGGAGGUGAUGCAGAAGACUUUCCAGAACACGGAUGUGUGUGACCGGGCUCCCUUCUUCGCAUCGGACUACGUCUUGGGUCGGGAAAACAAUGGUAUUGCGUUUGCGAACGGAGGAUCGUGGAAAGAGCAGAGAAAGUUCUUUGUUUCCAUCUUCCGAAAGGUGGACAUCGGUGUUUCAAGGCUGGAGGACAUCGUGGGUGGACAGGUCAAGAACAUUGUGACACAGGUCAAGAAUCUCAAAGGUGAGAAAUUUGACCCAGCCAUCAUGGUCAAUAUGUCGAUUGCCAACAUCAUCACGCGAAUUAUCACCGGGGUCACUUACGACUGGGAAGACAAAGCCUUCCAGGACAUAGUGGCUUACUCGGGAAAGCUCUUCGACAUCAGCGGUCCCGCAGGACUUUUCAGCCUCAACCCCGUCUUCGCCCGACUCCCGCUUCCCGUCAACUUCGAGAUCCGUCGGCUCUGUCGCACCAUCAUGGACUUCAUCCAGGUGUCGAUCGAUGAACACAGGAAGAACUUUGACCCGAAUGCGCCGGUCAAAGAUUUCAUCGGCUCAUAUCUGAAGGAGAUGGCCAGUGCUGACGCAAAUAAUCUCAAAUCGUUUGAUGAUACAAACAUGAUUGUUAGCUGCUUUGACGCUCUCCUGGGCGGCUGGGAGACCGUAGCAUCCACUCUCCGCUGGACAAUCUACCUCCUCUCAAAGCACCCCGAAGCCCAGGGGCGCAUGCGUCAAGAGAUCCAUGACCUGGUGGGUGACGAGCGUUUCCCGACCAUUGCCGAUCGUCAGUACCUUCCGUUGGUGGAGGCGACCAUCGCCGAGUGCAUGCGAUUCAUCCCCGCUGUCCCCAUCCAUCUGCCUCACGUGACCUCUCAGGACUGUAACAUUGGCGGGUUCGACGUGCCCAAGGGCAGUGCCGUAGCAGCCAAUCUCCUGCACUUCGCCAAGAGCCCCAUGUUCUGGGAGGAUCCCGAAGUCUUCAGGCCAGAAAGGUUUCUUGAUGACGCUGGUAACUUCAUGAGGGGCCUGGAACCAGUUCCUUUCGGCUACGGCAAGAGACAGUGCCCUGGGGAACUGCUUGCUCGCAUGGAGAUGUUUAUUUUCACCACUUUCCUGGUCCAGAACUUCGAACUAAAACUCCCGGCUGGAAUUAAAGAUGAUCUUCAAGGAGUUCUUGGUCUAACAUGGAGGCCCAACCACUACUUCAUCGAGGGACAUUCGACCAAUGCCAAUGAAGAAUAAAACGAGAGACUUUUAUUAUCUCGAUGAAAAAACUGCUUUAGAACACUUCAAUGACGAGUCAAGGGGCUUCUUUUCAGUGGCUUUUCCGAACUCGGCGUUUGUUUACUUUAGUACAUAAUCAUAAUAACGCCAUUUCCUACGAAUGGGACUUUGAUUAAUAACUUGAGAUAGAAAUGGGCUCGAUUGUGACCAAAGUGCGGUACUUUUUUGUGUGCAUCUUCCCUGCAUUUUUCUAUUCGUUUUCAUGUUCAUAGCCUUGCAGAUCAUGAUGAACUACUACAGAGCUUUUCAACAUGUGUGGUCAACUACAGAAACGAAAAUGGGCAUGGGGUUUAUACUAGGGUAGCAGAAGAUUCGACAUAUGUGAAAGUCUGAAAAUCAGGGAGAUAAAGAAGGUGGAGAGUGCUCGAGGAAAAAAAAAAGUUGUAUUCAUAUCUAACAGAAUCUCCCAAAGGGUGGAAAUACAACAAUAAAGGGGAAGUUUCUCGUAACUAUUUUCCUUUUUACAUCUAUGGAAAACGCAUACAUCUCAUAAAUAGGCACAUACCAUACUGUGCGUACUAUAAGUGGCCAUUAUAAUAGCUGAGAGUAACAGUAAAGAAAGAAGACAAAACACAAUCGCAAAGACUUUCAAGAAAUCAACUUAAGGACAAAUAAAAUACCCCGUUUGCCAUGUUCGCACAAUUCAUUAUAUGACGAAAAAGGCUAAUGAAAUUCCAUCAAUUUGAUCUGAAAAAAAUGUACUUGCCUUCGGGUUGAAAGUGGCAUGUCAUCUUUUUGCAUUUUAUGUUCAUAUUUUUGUAAAAUAUUGUAUAUAGUGAAUAUGUAAAUAUCACUCGGUUUCGUAGUGAUGCACUAGUUCCUGCAAAAUAAACCUAUUCGAGACGAUACAAACGUAGUUGUAGAUAAACACAACUGCGUGUACAUAACGGCUGUAAAUUAAAGAUGAUCUGUAAACUAAGGGUUAGAUAAUACUCUACAAUGUUUCCAUAUAUUGUUGUUUGUUAUAUACUAAGUAUUACAUCUUUGAUAAAUCGUUGAUACGAACGCUUGCUGAAUAUGGAUAAGGUUGCUAAUGAAAUGUAUUACGUAAUUAUUUAGAUAGAGAGCAAAAUCGAGGACCACAGAUCGACCCCGAAAGAGGUCUUCUUUCCUCUCACCCGGUUAUACGUAAGAUUAGGCAUAAUGUGAUACAUGAAUAAAUUUGUUUGGGUUUGCUUAUGUUUUAUUUUCAGAAUAAGAACAUAUAUACAUACAUAUGAACAUAAAAAGAUUAAUGAUGAAUAUUUCAAAAUAAUAAUGCUGGAUAGCUUUAUUCCGAGCCAUUGAUUAAAUGGUUCUAUUCUUUCUAGAGGUCAAAAUAUCGAUCGCAAUAAUUAAUUGGAAACAUGCAGACAAAAUUAAUACAGCAUAAUUAUAUCCACUUAUGGAUUGUGAAACUCCAUCGACUUAUGUGAAUUCUCGGGAAAGAUUAAAAGAAAACCUUCAAGAGAUUCGGCUUAAAGGUAAUACAUAGAUU